GUUGUCAACACCUUGUACACGUAGGUGUCAACGAUUCUAGAAAGUAAUGCCCAGAGUCCGUGACACUAAUCUCUACCCCGCUUCCCUUGACCAUUAAAUCAUUGAAUCCAAGCUGGGUGGCGGAGACAGCAGCCUCUCGAUCAUCCGCCAUUCAAGUCAUUAAGCCAAAACUGGGCGACGGAGAUAACGAGCAAUGAGCUCUCAGCUCUCUUCCAUGGCGGACGACACUGUGAGAUACGGAAUCAUAGGAGUAGGAAUGAUGGGGAGAGAACACUUCAUUAAUUUAUCGCAUCUUCGGAGCGAGGGCGUGGCCGUUGUCGCCGUCGCUGACCCUCACUUGCCCUCCCAACGACUUGCUCAAGAUUUGGCCAAAUCAUUUGAUUGGCCUAUACAGGUCUUUUCAGGACACAGAGAACUAUUGGACAGCGGGCUAUGCGAUGUAGUAAUUGUGUCAACUCCGAACAUGACUCAUUAUAAAAUUCUCAUGGAUAUCAUCAACCACCCAAAGCCUCAUCAUGUGCUCGUGGAGAAGCCAUUGUGCACCACAGUGGCAGAUUGCAAGGAGGUUGUAGAUGCUGCUAGAAAGAGGCCAGAUAUUUUGGUACAAGUUGGACUGGAGUACAGAUACAUGCCUCCUGUUGCUAAAUUGAUAGAAAUAGUUAAGGGUGGAACCCUUGGACAAGUUAAAAUGGUGGCAAUCCGUGAACACCGGUUUCCAUUUCUUGUUAAGGUUGACAACUGGAAUCGAUUCAAUGUCAACACAGGGGGCACUCUGGUGGAGAAAUGCUGCCACUUUUUUGAUCUCAUGAGGCUAUUCGCAGGUGCAAAUCCAGUUCGUGUGAUGGCUUCUGGAGCUGUUGAUGUUAACCACAAAGAUGAACUUUAUGAUGGAAAGGUGCCUGAUAUUAUUGACAAUGCAUACGUUAUUGUGGAAUUCGAGAAUGGCUCUCGAGGAAUGCUCGACCUUUGUAUGUUUGCUGAAGGAAGUAAAAAUGAGCAAGAAAUAUCUGUAGUUGGUGACAUUGGAAAGGGGGAGGCCUUUGUUCCUGAGAGUAUUGUGCGCGUGGGUAGUCGAGAGGCAGGAAGAGAUGGUGUCCAAACCAUAAAAGCUAAGGAUGACCGGAUAAAAUAUGAUGGGCUUCACCAUGGAUCUAGCUACUUGGAACACACACACUUUUUGGCAGCAGUUAGAGCAAAAGGUCUACAAGCUCCUGCUGUAGAUUUGCAAGAUGGGUUAGUAUCAGUUGCCAUUGGAGUUGCAGCGCAGCUUUCAAUAGAGAGAGGCAGAUUUAUUACAAUUGAAGAAGUGAAGGGUGAAUUCUAAUGCAAGUCUCGUUUUUCCUUAGAACGAUUGAAGGCUCAGCAGACAUCCCUAUUUUAUUUGCUUCAGCUGGCAGCUCUAGUUGUCGUCCGUCACCAAACAACAAUCACUCGCUGGUUCUAGUGAAAAAUAUGAUGGAUUAUAAAUAUGCUUGUUUUAUAAAUAUAAAUAUAUUUAAUUUUAUAAAAAAUAUUCUAAUAAAAAAAUCUCGAUUUUGAAAAUGAAAUCUAAAACAAACAACCAUUCCUUGGUAACAUUUUUAAUUAAAUAAAUAAAUCAAUAAUAGGACGCCCAACCGUUACUCCAACUUCCCGCGAAUUGGUUUUUCCAUCGAUCUUGUGCGCGCUCUAAAUAAAUAGACUACGCACCCGGAGCAAGUUAGAACCGUUGAGAGCAACCUCUAUAAAUAGCAGAGGAGUUCGCGUGCAUUUGCAUUGCUCCUAGAAGUGACUAUUGGUUCUUCUCAGCACAAUGGAGGACGAUGGAGGAGAGAGAUCAAGCUUUGUGAUCGGUCUCAUCGAAAACAGAGCAAAGGAGGUGCCGUCUUCGAUUUCUUGGACACCUAGGGUUUCUCCUUUCUUCAGAUGAUAUAAAACAACUGAGUUUCUGAAAGUGUGCCUGCUUUGAUAUCAUUUUAUCUGUUUGGUUUCUGAUAAAAUGUAGGAUAACAAAAUAAUCGGAAUUUUGUUUUCGAGGUUAUUUCUGAUUUGACCUUCCUUUUCCUGUUUGGUUACUGAGAAAAUAUAGGAAAAAAAAUGGAAUCAAAGUGUUUGUGUCUCUGGUUAUGUUUGCUUUGGUAUUCUCUCUCCUCUGUUCCUGAGGAAGUGUAGGAAAAGAAAAGGAACCAAAAUUUAAUUUCUGGAAUUGUAUCCGAUUUGAUCUUCUUUUCUCCAUUUGUUUCCUGAGUGAAUUUUAAUGCUAUUUCCGAUUUGAAC